AUCGGGCAUCGAAAGAAGCUCUAAGUUUAGCAGGGGGAGCGGAUGUCAAUUUAAACUACUCAGCGCAGGGCAGUGAACCCCAAAACCAGUAAAUCUAAAUCUUUCUUCAAUCUCACUCAGCCAAAUUCAAAUGUACAUUAUCAGCUGCUCAAAUUUGGCAACAAACAAUGCCCUAAAAUGCCCUAGCUAGCAUCACACCAUCCCUAAUUAUUUAAUCCUAGCCCUAGAUCCAAGAGAAGAAGACGAUGGCGAAGCACGCCGCCUCCGCUGCCGUUGGCUGGGGCGGCCAUCACUUACAGAAACAAUGGCUCUUGGCUCUUCUCGUCAUGCUCUCUGUUUCGACGGUUAUUGCUUUCAUCGUCAGAGCCGCUUUCGAUUCGUGUGAUCGGAAUGUUUCUGGCGGUGAUAUUAUCAGCUCGGCUCGGAAUGCCGUCCAAACCACUGAUAAGCUAGCCCUGCCGAUCGCUGCUGCAAAACCGAGCCCACUCAGUUUCAUGAAGUCGAAGAUUGUUCUACUGGUGUCGCACGAGCUCUCGCUUUCUGGUGGACCAUUGUUGUUGAUGGAGCUGGCAUUUCUAUUAAGAAGUGUUGGUGCUGAAGUUUAUUGGAUUACUUUUAUGAAACCAUCUGAAACAGAUGAAGUAAUAUAUAAUUUAGAACAUAAGAUGUUGCACAGAGGAGUACAGGUCUUCAAUGCAUAUGGAAAAGAAGCUAUAGAUACUUCACUAAGAGCUGAUUUAGUGGUUUUGAACACAGCAGUUGCUGGGAAAUGGCUAGAUUAUGUUCUUAAGGAAGAUGUUCACCGUGUUCUGCCUAAGGUGUUGUGGUGGAUACAUGAAAUGCGAGGUCAUUACUUCAAACUAGACUAUGUAAAGCAUCUUCCAUUCGUAGCUGGUGCCAUGAUUGAUUCACACGUUACAGCAGAGUACUGGAAGAAUAGGACUCAAGAACGUUUGAAGAUUAGAAUGCCUGAAACCUAUGUUGUUCACCUUGGAAAUAGCAAUGAACUGAUGCAAGUUGCAGAAGACAGCGUUGCUAAAAGGGUUUUGCGUGAGCAUGUUCGUGAAUCUCUUGGAGUGCGGAAUGAGGAUUUACUCUUUGCUUUAAUAAAUAGUGUUUCACGAGGAAAAGGGCAGGAUCUCUUUCUACGUUCAUUCUAUGAAGCCUUGCAACUGAUCAAGCAAAAGAAAAUGCAGGUGCCACCAUUGCACGCUGUAAUUGUGGGAAGUGACAUGAGUGCUCAUACGAGACUUGAAACGGAAUUACGAGAUUAUGUAAUGCAGAAGAAGAUUCAAGAUCGUGUUCACUUUGUGAACAAAACUCUGACGGUAGCCCCAUAUUUAGCUGCCAUUGAUGUUCUUGUUCAGAAUUCCCAGGGACGUGGAGAAUGCUUUGGACGGAUAACAAUUGAAGCCAUGGCAUUUCAAUUGCCUGUACUGGGAACGGCUGCCGGAGGCACGACGGAGAUAGUGGUGAACGGCACAACAGGUUUAUUGCACCCGGCUGGGAAAGAAGGGGUGACACCACUGGCAAAGCAUAUAGCGAAAUUAGCUACGCAUGUUGAGAGGAGGCUUACGAUAGGAAAGAGAGGGUACGAGAGGGUGAAAGAAAGAUUCCUUGAACAUCACAUGGCAGAGAGAAUCGGUGGAGUACUUAGACAAGUGUUGAGCAAGUCUGGAAACAAAUCAAGUAAGCAACUUUGAUUCAAAACCAGUUCUUUUCUUUUUCUUAUCUUUCUAUCAACCACUUUUCCCUAUGUACAUUAUAUUACAAAUCAAGUAGCUGUUUAUAUGGCC